AUGGAUUCAACAAUUGCUAUGAACCAAAGCAAUUAUCCUGGUCCGCACAUACAAGAGGAUUUACAAUAAAUAGAACAUUACUACUAAUAACCAGGAAAAAAUUAGAUUAAUAAAUGUUCCUUAUUUUUCUUGAUUUUUCAAAAUAUUGUUAUUUUUACCUCUUUUUUGAGUGUUAUGAUUGGGAAUUCAAAAUAAUUGGGAUGCCCUUUUGAUUCAAAUGGUAAUAUCUGUGGGGGGAGUCCAGGCCUAGAAUAAUACAAAUAUAUAUAUUUUAGUAAUCCCAGCACUGAUAAAUCGCUAUAUUUAACAGUUUGCGUAAAAGAAUGCCCAGUAAAAGAGAUUGAAAAUGAAAUAGAUGAGCUGCUGGAAAUAUAGUGUAUGCCAAAUCAAUUUAUUAAAUCUUGCAAAAAUACUCUAUUUAUUGGAGAUAACGAUUUUAGUUUGAUAUACUACGAUUCUCUGAAAUUCAUAAAUGUCUGUCUGCCGACAAAAUCAAAUUAUUUACAAAAUGUUUUGGUUGGUUUAGAAUCACCAGAAGUCAUUAAAUUUUUUAAGGAUCUCGAAAAUGGUGCUUUAAUCAUAUUUUGUACAUUUGUCUUUUCUAUAUUGAUCAAUUAGAUAGUAUAUGUCUUACUGAUAAAAUUGUAAUAGAAAACUAUUUGGAUUAUUUAAGUGACAUUAAUAUUGAUGCUUUUUCUAUAAGCUUUUUUGUGCAUCAAUAAUUAUCUGUUUGUAAUCAAAUUGCAAUAAGCCAAUAAAAAUUCAAAAUUAACACUUCCAGAAGUGGUUAGCAUUGUGUAAAAUGAAAACUCAAAUUUCACUAUCUCUUUUUUACCGUUAAUUUUGGGUAUUUUUUUUGUCAUCCUUGCGAUAUAUUAUAUUUCGGAUUUAAUUUAUAAUUAUAAGUAAUAUUAGACCAUCGGAAUUAAGAUUAAAAUUGUCAAUUAUUUUUAUGAUUAUUCCUCUCAAGCAUUAUAAGAUUCCCAAAAUAAAAGUAAAUCUAAUUUUCAGCAUUUUUACCUCAUACCUAUAGUUUUCGGAAUUACUAAUGCAGGUCUCUUUUUCGUUUGGGUAUUAAUUGCAAAUUUCAUCUUGACAAUCGGAAAUGUGACAACUCAUAGAUACCCUUUUAAUACUUUUCAACUAAAUUUACUUGCCUAUGCAUUCGGGAUUAUUCAUAUUUUAGGCUUACUACUACUUCUUUUGGUAAUUUCAGGUAUUAGCAAAUUUCUUAUAAUCGGCAUCAUGCUUAAACAGUAUGGUGUUUUUGUAAAUGAAAAAUCAAAUAGUCAUUUACUUAAUGAGCAAAAAUCAACAAUGUAAAUACUAAAGACUUUGAUUUUCAAAAAUAUAGAUGCAAUAAUUUUAGGUUAAGUGUUGAUAUCUCUUUUAUGGAUACCAAGAGCGUUAAUCAAAAUAUAUUUGUGGAUGCUCAGCAAUCCAAAUUAUUUAGAAUCAAAUCUAAUAUAAAAUAUUCUAUCUAUUAAUGAGAGGGCUUACUUACUUUCUUUUAUAAGAACUGAAGGCUUUCUAUAAAAUGCAAAGUGUUAAUAUCUAUUUGACCAAAAACUAAUGAAACAUACAUAGAUUUAAUAACAUGGCCAACUAUUUAUGAAUUCAUGUAGUCUUACUAUAUCAAUUCUGUGCAUGUCAUUCACAUAUUUGCUCUUGAUCUAUACUAGAACAACCAUAAUUAUCCAAGCUCCAAUCUAUUUCCUAGUGUUUUCAUUUUUUUCGUCCUACUUUGUUACAAAAUUCUUCUCCCAUAUUUAUGGAAUUAGUAUUGAUUAUCUAACAAUAUUAUUGUAUAGAGAUGUAACAGUUGACGGUUAAGUUGUUGGAAAAAGCGUUAGAAAACCAAUAAGACUGUUAAAGGAAACCUUAAUAAAUAUAUAUGAAUGA